AUGUCCUUCGGAACGGGCCAUAACAUAGAGGACUACCAGUCGAUGCUGGACGAGCACAAGCAGGAGCAGGAGCAAGAGGAGGCAAGAGGGGACUACGGGGGUCUCUUCGAUGGCUUCGGAUUUCGGGAAAAGACGCUGGCUAGGCCAUCCCUAAGCAUGGCUCGAGCAAAUCGACAGAACCGCAGCGCCGAUGAGCUGCCUGACGCAGAUGUGACUAUGCGUGCGAACCCUAGAAGCAUAAGCAAGCCAAUCCAGACUCCUCUGCCGACAUCAGCCACGGCGUCGAACCUACACAGACAAGCUGUCUCGAUAGGUGAUAUGCUUCCUCAACAGAGUCGAUUGGCGCCGAAGUCUUUGCUGGCCAAUUCUGCAACCUCUAUGGACAUCAUGGAGGAAUUGGCGUGCGAUUUCUCGACGUCGGGCCUCAGCCGCUCAACGACAGCUACGAAUGUGCCUCACUCAGCCGGUCGUAUACCGACGAAGCCAACACCCAAGCAGCCACAGCUACAGAAUCCCUAUUAUGCCCUUCACGUGGGCCUCGAGCAAGCCAUGGUCCAGAUGCAUGAAGCCAUCGCGGCUGCAAGUGCAUUGUUCGACAAGAUGCUGUACGAGGACGGGAGCAUUCUCGCGAAACUCUCGCAGCACGCGAAGACUAACCCCAAACAUCGCCUCAAUCAAAUUUGUCAGGGCUUAGGACACAUUGCCUCGCUACUGGGCAAUGGUCGUCCCGGAUGGCGUCUAACAGACAUGACUGACGACUUCUUUCAGGCGACGCUCCCGGUCAUCCAAAAGGUAGAGGCAGCCCUGUGGCGGCUAAUCCACAUGCCCUGCUUCUAUUGGCUGCGCGAGAAGGCGUACGAAGAGGCAUCAACCAUCACGCAUAGACUUCGCCGUGUGCAAGAGCAACGCAGAGAUCUUCUCCAAGAGAUGGAGGACGAUCUCUUCGAACAGGAGAUCGUGGAGGCGUUGGAGGAGGAGCAUGGUGACCGUGAUGGUGAUCUCGGUAUGGAUGGUGCUAUGGGCUGGGGCAGUCAAACUGCACCGGCCCCGGCGCCAUCGCACGGCAUAGGCUACCAUCAUGCCACAGUAGAGGAGGACGAUGAGAUGGAUGUGGAUCUUUUGUGA